AUGGAUGACUUGGGCGCAAUCGUGUUGGACAAUGGGUCGGGUUUGGUCAAAGUAGGGUUUUCUGGAGAAGACACGCCGCGAGGGACGUUUCAGACGACGUAUGGACAGCCUCGGAACCCGGACUGGCUCGUGUCGCACAACGCUGGCGUCAAGCCAGACCGCGAGUACUUUGUCGGAAAGGAGUGUCAUGCGAUUCGGGAGCACUUGGACAUGGUGGACCCCAUCCAGAGAGGUGUGAUCACGGACUGGGACGCCAUGGAGAAGGUGUGGGACUACACGUUUGAGCACGAAAUGCGCAUGAACCCCGAGGCGAUCAGCAUGCCCGUGCUGUGCACGUCGUCGUCGCCGACACCCAAGGCCCAAUUGGAAAAGACGGCGCAGAUCAUGUUUGAAUCGUUCAAAACCACAGCGUUCUACAGCAUGCAGCAGUGUGUGCUGUCGUUGUUCGCGUCGGGGCGUACUCGGGGUCUGGUGCUCGAAGCUGGUCACGGAUCCAGCCAUGCAGUGCCCAUCUUUGAGGGGUAUGCGUUGCCCCAUGCGACGCUGCACUUGGGCAUUGGUGGGUAUGACAUCACCAAGCACUUGGAACUGCUGUUGAACCGCCAUGGCCACGCGCUAAAGUCGUUUUCGCAUUGCAUGUUUGCCGACAUGAAGGAAAGCCACUGCUUCACGCCGCCACUGAGCAUCCUCGAAAACGACAACAACGACGCAACCUCCAUCAACAACCACAGCCCCAAGCCGUACGAGCUGCCGGACGGAACGGUGAUUUCGAUCCACCCGGAUGUACGAGCCAAGGCCACGGACGUGCUGUUCCACCCCAUCCAGUUGCCAGAUGAUCACCCGGCUAAACAUGCCAAGAGUUUGCCCGAUUUGGCAUGCCAAGCCAUCUCCAUGUGCGACAAGGACUUGCAAAAGGACCUGCGCGCCGCGGUCGUGUUAGCGGGUGGCACGACCAUGAUGCCAGGACUGUCCCAUCGACUGCAUCAGGAGCUGCAGACCAAGCUCGGUGAAUCCGACAUUCGCAUCGUGCCAGACUACAACUCAAGAGAACGAGGGUACAACACGCAUCGCAAGAUGGCGGCGUGGAUCGGCGGGAGUAUGUUUGCCUCGCUGCCGACGUUCAAGGACAUUCAAAUCACGCGCCAGGAAUGGGAAGAAUAUCACGAAAGUAUCAUCGACCGAAAGUGCUUUUAG